AUGCCCUCUGAGUCGAAGAAAGCCAUAGACGGCGGCUCCUCUGGGGUGGCCUCCACAGCGGCCAUCCCAGGGGGACCAUUGAAGCACCACCGUCUGCCUUAUCGCCGCCCUCUGCCCCCCUUUCUCCCGCUCGUCCUUUUGUUUUUGCUGCUCAACUACCUCGCCUUUGCAGUUGAGGUGGAUGACAAGGAGGGGGUGGUGUUGCUGCCUGAGUACGUGCAUGGGAUCGCCAUGAAGCGCGACGCGCUGCGCCAAGCUGCGGCCGCCGGCCAGGUACUGACGGAACCGAUCCCCUUCAACGUAUUUCUCUUUUUUGAAGAGAGCGUGAUGGGGACACUGUUCCAGGUAGGCCGCUUCCUUUUCCGCAGCCACUUCGGCAUUCAGGUGGUGUGCGUUCUCGCCUGGCUGGUCCACCUCUUCGAGCUCGGCGUGUGCUUCCGCAUCUGCUGGUCUUGCAACGCAUCCUUCCUGGUGGCGUUACGUUACAUGUACUGCACUUGUGUGGGCGGCUUUACGCAGCUUUCGCCGCUUAUCCAGGCGAGGGACGCGUGGGUGAGAGAGAUGCGUGCCACCGAGGAGCUGAAGUCGAAGAAGUCUCAAUGA